AUGCCUAUCAGCAGUGAAGUCUGUAUAAGGAAACGACCUCCAGUGCAAGAUCGCAAAGAAAAUCAUUUCGAGACAAAGCAGAGCAUUUUGGAUCUGCAUUCCGCUCAAGAAACUCGACGGGUUCUCAUCAAAAUCGGGUUUGAGAACUCCAAACCAACUGAGAACACCGAGCAAAAGCCCUUGCCAGUAGGAAGCAAAUAUGAUCAAUUUGACGCAAAGGAAUUUGCCCCAAGGAUUAAAUUGUCGUAA